AUGGACAUCACUGGGGUAAUAAAAUACAUCCUUAAAAAUCCGUGCUUGUACCCAGGAAGUCACCAGAAUUCGUACAUAAAGUCAGGAUUUGAGCAUGUUAAGGCAUCUGGCUGUUGCCCAAAAUGAAGACAUAAUGGAACAUCCAGCAGUAAUCGUUUGGGCAGGGAUAAAUCAGACAAGAGGGUCUGAUUUAAGAAGUAUGCUUCAGGUCGGCUCUCUACAGCAGUUAUGGCAAAGAGAGUCUCCAGCCAGAAAUGCACCUGUGCUAAAUUGAGUCGGUUUGAUAGGAUGAAGAUCAGCUGGGAUGCCUUUCUAAAAGUACUGCCUGAUAAUACAGAUUUCUUCUUUAAACAACUUAAUAUUCAAGAUGAGUGCCAUGAUUAUUAUGCUUCCAGACUGGGAGCUUAUCGAUUCAGAAUCAAGCCAAAAGAGGAAGACAAAGAGUUGACAAUAUCGAGUACACUGAUCUCAGAGGUUGCUUCUCUCUGAAUAAUCGAGAGAGAAAUAGUAAAAGAUAGUUUAAACUCAAUCUUCUGUGCUCUCCAAGACCUUCAGCGCCACUCUAAGAGCUUUAUUCUAAACCUCGACUGAGGUAUUUUCAGGCUUAAAAGUAGCCAUGGGCAAUUCAAGGUGAUCUACAAGAAGAAAUCUCCUCAAAUAAAAUCUGCUAAAAUCGCGCCUGCUUUCAAGGACAUUGAACCCAAGAGUUUAGGCAAGAGGAUGAUUCAAGGUAUCAGCAAGGCCAAAGGUAAUAAGAGAGCCUUCAGGACAAUGGACAAGGUACUUUACCGAGGAUUUUACUAACCUUU